CACAUAAACGCUCGCGCACGCAGGCACGCACAUGCGCGCGUCCCCUGCUCUGAUCAGUGAGCGCGAGGUUGAAUUGGAGUCUUGUUGUAGUCUGUGAGCGGCUAAACGAUGAACAGAGAGAUUAUAUAACGUUACUAACAGGGUCUGUUUGGACAGGUUUUGAAAUGAAGAAGGACAUCGAUACACUCAUAUUGGAAGAACGGGCUGAGAUCAUUGCAAAAUAUGAGAAGGGCAGACAGGAGGGGGUACACAUUAACCCUUGGGAGGAUGCCGACUACAGCAUCUACAAGGUCACAGAUCGCUUUGGUUUCCUGCAUGAAAAGGAGCUGCCAACACCAACCGCAGUGGAAGAGAAGUAUAAACUCCAGGAGGUUGAAAGAGUGCAAAAAUGGCUGAAAAUGGUGAAAAAGUGGGAAAAGUACCACAACAGUGAAAAGAUGAUUAAGCGGGUAUACAAGGGGAUUCCCUUACAGCUGCGUGGUCAAGCCUGGGCUCUUCUGCUGGAAGUGGACAAGGUGAAACAAGCAAACCACAGGAAGUACGAGACAAUGAGGGAACAAGCCAAAAAGUACUCAACAGAAAUCAAGCAGAUAGAUCUUGAUGUCAACAGGACCUUCAGGAACCAUAUCAUGUUUAUGGACCGCUUUGGGGUCAAACAGCAGGCCCUGUUUCACGUUCUGGCAGCUUAUUCGGUCUACAACACGGAAGUGAGCUACUGCCAGGGGAUGAGCCAGAUCGCUGCCAUUCUGCUAAUGUAUAUGAAUGAGGAAGACGCUUUCUGGGCCUUAUCGCAGUUGUUAACCAAUCGGAAACAUGCCAUGCACGGGUUUUUCAUCCCCGGGUUUCCCAAACUUCAUCGUUUUCAGAGUCAUCAUGACCAAAUCCUUUCCAAACUCCUACCAAAACUUAAGAAACACAUGGAUAAAGAGCAGAUGUCCACUGGUAUCUACUCCACCAAAUGGUUCCUGCAGUGUUUUAUUGACAGGACCCCCUUCACGCUCACCCUGCGUCUAUGGGACAUCUACAUACUAGAAGGAGAGAAAGUUUUAACAGCCAUGGCCUAUACUCUCCUCAAACUGAACAAAAAACCGCUCCUGAAGAUGUCUCUGGAGGAUCUACGAGAGUUUCUCCAGGAGCAGAUCGUUUCAUCCUUCACCAUGAGCGAUGACGUCGCCAUAGAGCACCUACAGUCAUCGAUGGCAGAACUCCGCAGGAUGAAGCUCGACCUUCCUCCUCCAGCCAAAGGAGAUGAGUUCCCAAAAAUCACCCUGGGCGAGGAGCGUCCGAUCAUGCUGCUUCCAGUUAACCAAAACGAGUGCGUGGCUAUACCGCUAACCGCACACCAAAACAACCAAACCUCAUCCAAGCCUCACGAACAGGUCUCCGAGAGGAUUAACGAUGAACAUCCCUCCAAUAGCUCAUCGGUGCAAACCUCCAAAUCGUCCUCCAACCCUUUAUUGUCUCAAGCUACACCUGAGGACUCGGGACAGAACGUGAACGUAGAGCAAAGACCAGAUCUUCUCCCAGAAGCAGAUGCUGUAUUAUUGAAGGAUGAAUGUGUUAGUGUGGGGUCCGAUGAGUGGCCACCUCCGUACCAGCCACCCAUAACGGACUUUUCAAGCGUCAGCUCCCUAAACCUUCCGGAUUUGCCCCCUCCACCCCUUCCUUGCACCGAACAAGGACCUCUCGAGGAACAUACCCCGUUGUACCUCGCUCCACCACCAGCCCAACCUUUGAAUCUCAUCUUAGAAGAUCCCUCAUCGUCGCCAUCUUCCUAUCGAGCUCCUCGGCAGCUGAGCAAGUUUCCCGUGAACCUGUACGUUCCUCCGUCUUCGGGCGACCGCCGACCUUCCAACACCUCGCAUUACGACAACAUCUGGGAUGACACGGAGGACAAUACAGUAGAGAAGAUGCUGGAGAUGGUGACCCCUUUGCCGCAAAAUUCAGACUCGGGGAUUAAGCACCCCACUCUUCCCCCUCCUCCAGAUGUCGCCAUGUCUCUUCAUCUCCCACCUCCGACUAUGUUUUUCUACACCCCGGACUCUUCUCCCAUUUCUCCUCCGCAUCCGUGCAUCGAGUCGGUGACUCCAAACUGUGCUAUUGUCCCGCCACCUGCCUCCAGCGUUACACCCUUCCUCCCAUCGUCCGUCCAAUCUAAUCAGGCGCUUUUAAAUCAGACUCAAGAAACUAACAUUGCUCACUCACAACCCCCAAAAAUACCACCCAAAAAAUUACAACCCACAAUGCUUUCCCAACGACCCACCGAUUCAGAUUUCUACAGAACGCAGCCGCUAGUUUUGUAAUGUACUGAAGGACACUUUUUUUUUAAUGCACAUUUGCAUUUUUUACAGUAUUAUACCACAAAUCAAAAAUGGGAUGCUUGAAUGUGUGUUUGUGUGCGUUUUAAAGGUGCUGAGUGGUUUUAAAUGUUUUAAAGAAAAAUAUGCGGUUAUCGUCUUGACACAGGGUUCCCACAGGUCCUUGAAAGUUUGUGAAUCUGGGGAAAAAAUUCAAGGCCGUGGGAAGUUUUUGAAAAUAUACAUACAUAGAUACAGAAAGUGCUUGAAUCUAUUUUAUGCAAUAAGUUUUCUGGAAAAACUGUUGCUCCCUGAGAAGGGAACGAGACGCUGCGUCUCCCUUGCCAUACUUCCUGCGUCCCUGAAACGCCGUCUUUGGCAAUAUUUCAGAUAGCGAUAUACUUUCUGGCUCCCGUUAAGCCUCACCAUUGGUUGAAUUUGAUAUACACAUUCAGACGCACUUACCCCUGGAGGCGUCACCAAAGUGUCACCGCAGUGACGCAGCGCGAGUUCCCUCGAAACGGAACUGUAACAAUGUAUCUUAAAAGGUAACACGAUGUAACCUUGAUCUCACUUAAAAUGUGUCCCCACAUUAAGUCCUUGAAAUUGAGGGUAUUGGACCUGGAAAGUCCUCGAAAGGUCCUUGAAUUUGAAGUUAACUAAGGUGUGGGAACCCUGUAGACAGUGCGUUGAAUGGAGUUUGUUACCUUCUGUCAGUGUUUUUUUUUUUUUUACAGUGAAUGGCAUUGUUUUUAUGUCUGAAGAGAUAUUUUAUUGUAUUAUACUGUAAUUGAGAAAUGCAAGUAAGGUGUUUAUCACUUGGACAUUGACGUGAGUCCUAGAUUUGCUUUGUAUUGUAAACAUUGUGCUACUGUAUGUGUAUAUUUAUAUAUAAUGUCCUCUUGUGCCAUCUUGUGGAAGAUAAAGCAAAACAUGGUCGAUUUGUUUGUUAAAAAUGAAAAAAUGUAUAUUGAAGGUCACUUUUACGGCAUUGUGUUGUAGAUAAAACGGGUUUAUUUUGUAUUUUUGUAAUAAGAGCUGAUAUUAUUUAACUGCUUUUACAGUUUGUGUGCAGACUGCAGUUUAACAUUUGCAGAUUAUUUUUCAUUAUUUUUCAAUAACAACCGCUUAAAGAAAAA